AUGGAUUCGGGGCCUCAGAAGAAGUUCUGCACCUACGUGGAGUCGAAGUUAGUCGACGGUGUGAAUGGGCAAGGUGAAACAGUCGCCUAUGUUCCCCCUUCAGCUUUGGAGAAUUACUGGUCGCAGGCAAAUGUUGAUGACAUUCUCGACUCGCACGAGCGGCCUAUCCAAGAGAGCUCCACUUUCAUUACAAAGAACCUCCGCCACAUCUUUUCCAAUCUGGUGUAUACUGGUCACCCGCAACAGAUUUCUUGGUUCUGCGCCAGUGUCAGGAGCUUGAGCGACCAUCACCUCCCUUUUAGCGUACAGGACCUUCCCCAGAACUGCACUUGGUCCAAGGACUUUCUGGAGCACCAAUGGAUGUUUUGCCCCCUUUCAUUCACACAUGAUACAGUCUUCAAGCGUACCCUGCACUCCAGGCACAUUCUACCGGUAGCAUACGAGGCGUGUCUCACAGGCUCUGCUGGUGCUUCCGACGCAGCCACUCUGUGGCGAGUACACAUGCAGUCCGAAUGCACUCUGCCGUUAUCAAAGGCUGGUACCGUCGUCUUCAAGAUAUAUGAAGGUGCAAGGGCACAGCGCCUCUACAAAGCUGAGGCAGAAGCAUACAGUCAGCUCCUUCGCUCCAAUAAUGAGGGGUAUAUCACGAAACACUUCGCGUCGUUCUCAUUUGAAGGUAUUGAGAAGUCAAUCAUUGUUCUUGAAUAUGCCGAGGGAGGAUCUUUGCUCGACUUUUUACGAAGCACGAAUAUUCCUUUCACUCUAAGCGAGUUUUGUUUACUUUGGUCCCGCCUUCUGAAUUUAUUCGAUGCCCUCCACGCGCUUAAUGACAUAUAUAGGCCGACGGCCUCGCCCCACUGGUCCCUGUCAGGGGUUCAUCAAGAUAUACAACUCAGCAAUAUCCUGGUGUUCCCUCAGAAAAACAAAAGCUCACGAUUUGACGUCAACUUCAAGUUAGCUGACUUCGGAUUGGCCAAGAUCGGGAGGACAUCCUCACCAGGAGAUAGCUUGAUGACCAGUAACAAGGGCAACAGAAUAUAUACAUCCCCCGAAACUUAUUCAAACUAUCGUGUGCAGGACCGGGCCAAGACAGAGAUUUCGACUGCUUGCGACAUCUGGUCGCUGGGUGCUGUUUUUCAGCGAUGUUCUCGUUUGGUCCAUUGCGGGUGA